GUUCAAAGGAAAUACUUCCUUGUUGUGAAUGUAUACAAACUACAUGUGCAAGAUGUGUCCACUGAAUAUGGCCAGUUUUCUUCUGUUCUUAGGCAUUGCCAUCUUUCAAAAGUCAUUUGCUGAUGUCAGCAGUGAUGGGGUUAUCAUGCCAAGCAAAUGUGAAGUUUGUAAAUAUUUAGUUGUUGAGCUACAGUCAAGACUUGAUGAAACAGGAAAAAAUAAAGAAGUUAUAAGAACAGGUCAUGGAAUUGAUCCAGCAAAGAAAAAACAAGUUGAUUAUAGAAAAUCUGAUCUUAGGCUUAUAGAAGCUAUACAUGAACCACAUGUAUGUAAAAGAAUUUUAGAGUAUAAUCUACAUAAAGAGAGGAAGGGAAGUCUAAGAUUUGCAAAAGGCAGAAGUCAAACAAUGGACACAUUACAUGGUCUAGUUGAUAAAGGAGUGAAAGUCGAGCUUGGAAUUCCAUAUGAACUGUGGGACUCUACUUCGGUGGAAGUUGCUCAUAUGCAAAGAUUGUGUGAUACAAUUGUUGAACAGUAUGAUGAGGACCUAGAGGACUGGUAUUAUAACCACCAGGACGAGGACUUGAUGAAAUACCUAUGUAAAGACAGAGUUCUACCAAAAGAUGACCAAGAAUGUCUGGUAGAAGAAUUUGUACCUGGAUUAGAAGAAGACGAGGAAAAGAAGGAAGAAGAGACUGAAAAGAAACCAAAGAAGAAAAACAAGAAGAAAAGUAAGAAGAAUAUGAAAGGUGAAGAAGGAACAGCUGAUGAUGAAAAUGUGGAAGCAAAAGUUAAAAAGGAAGAAUUAUAGUAAUCUAAACACUUGAUGUUUUUUAUCAAGGAAAACCUAUUUAUAUCUUUUAUUAUUUUAAGGCAUUUUUUUAAAAUUUACAAGGUACAUUUAGUAACCAUUUGAACAAAUAUUUGCAAAUAAGGAUGUUUCAGCAGAACGAAACAAAACAUGAACAAAUUCAAGAAAAAUCUAAUAUUACAUUUAUCAGUAGAACUUGAGCAAAUCCUGUCACUGUUUCUAAAUAAAUGGUUCUUGCAUUUACUCAGAUAUAGAAAACAGAGACCAAAUUAUAUAUUUUAAAAAAGUAUUUUGUCAAACUUAUGAGAAGAAGACAUUGAUUCCAGAAUACUGAGUUCAAAUGAUAAAAAAAAUUAAAAUCAUAAUUGACAAAAUAGAUAUUAGAUCAAGAUAGGUGUUUGAUACAUUCCUCACCUUAAAAUUGUUGACCUCUUAGCAUCUUAGCAGUGCAAUUAUUUAUUACUAAAAAUUGACAAAUGAAAUAGGAAAACAUAUAUGUUGUAGCUUUACUGAAAGUCUUGAUACCAAAUUAGAUAAGUGGACAUUAUUUGGUUUUCUUAAUACCAUGCAUUAAAAUUCAUUAUUUUUUUUACAUUUAACAUAUGUACAAUUAAAAAGUUGCAUGUUAUAUAAUAUUUAUUAUUAUGUUCCAUUUUCUGAUCACCAAAAAAAAUACAAUUUUCUCUAAAACUUAACUUUAUUGAAUUUUAUUUAUAAGUAAGAAGUGAUAGCAAUGGGAACAAAGUAAGUACUUUUAUAAUGAAGAUAUUUUUAUUUGAUUUCCAACUUUGAACUGGAAUAUAUGACAUUUUUUUUUUCAUUUGUCAAAUUUAAAUAACAUGGUAUUCUUAAUUUUGCCCAGUUUAUUGAAGGUUUGAAUUUUUAAUGGCAUUUAUAUUUCAUCUCCACAUUUUUAUUUUACUUUCUUAAGAAGAGGUUUUACGGAAAAGAGGGUAGUUUUUAUAGAUGGUGAUUUUUAUAAAAUUUUAUAAAUUACAAAAUAGUUUCAUGACAAUCUAUUUAUAAUCAUUUAUCAUAACAACUAACUGAAGAUCAGAAAUUCAUGUUUGAAAACCAUGCUUGAAAUUGCUUUCAAUGAACUAUUUAAUUAAAUGUAUUUAGAAAGAAAAAAAAAGAAAAGAUUUUGAGUUAUUAUAAAGAUGUUUUAUAAAUGAUGGACAAGUUUCACUCGCUAAAAUGAAUAGAGGAUAAAAUUGUAAUCAUUAUUGAGGAUGUCAAUUUAUGCUCUAAAAGCAAAACUGAUAUGAAAGGAAUUGUGUUUGAAAGUAAAUAUUAUUCAUUGUAAAUAUGUUGUAGAUUUUUAUUGCCAUCAUGAUAACAUAGAAAAAAAUUGUGAUUUUAAAUGAUAUAAAGAGUCUUAAUAUAAUAAGUGUAUAGCUGUAUGAUCAUUACUGAGAACAAGAUUUUGUGUGUCAAUGACUAAAAAAUAGUAAAAUAAAUCUUAUAGCUCUAACUCGGCUAUAAUUUGAGUUUCAAUUUUUUUAUUAGAUUAUUUGAAAAAUUUUAUAUAAUACCAUCCAUCUUACAUAAAAUGGUAAUGAUUCAAUUUGAAGUAUAGAGAUGGGGUAUUGCUGGCGGUAAAUGAUACUUUAUUCACUUUUUUUAUUGUUAAAAAAAUCAAACAAUGCAUGGCAUUAACUGUUUUAAGAAUGAAAUAUUUUGAUACUCAAUUAUCUCAUUAAAGAUGGUGCUUGUUAUUUGUAUUGUCGCCAUCUCUAAGCUUUUAAAUUCCUCCUGUUCUUGCCAUAAAAAUUUGAAAUGAUCAGACUUAUUUAAACUUGUACAUGCUUUUUACAUAAGUACAGAAGUGCUAUUUGAAAUAUUUAUAGUGAAUUUUUGUCCCGACAACAAUUUUUACAUUAUUAUUUAUUAUCAUUUCAUGUUUUGAUGUUGUGUUUUGAAUACUUGUGUAAAACAGAACAAUUUUUUGAAAUAUAUAGAAGUUUUCAGAGAUUCUAACUUCAAAGUUUUUUUCAUUUUUGCGUCGGUUAAAAUACCUUAUUUUUUAUUUGUAAAGGUUUCAGGGGAGGUAAUUAAUUUAUGUUUACCAGUUUGAAACCAUUUCAUGAUAAUUCAAGUGUAUUAAACCAACAAUUGUUUGAUUUGAUUAAGAUUUGAACAUAAGAUAUAUGAGUUGUACUCUUUUAUAAUAUUGUGUAUGUAUUUUGUAUUACAGAAAUGUAAGAGGUGUGCCACUGGCUCAUUUAGGUCAAAAGAUUUUUAUUUUUCUAUUCAUAUGAAAUCCUAUGCCUUGUUGUAUGAGUGUUGAGAUCUGAAAAUAAAUAUUUUAUUAUUGUUA